AUGCUCGUGAGCUCCACGCAGCGAGAGUGGCGGCUGCUUGCCGCUGCCGGCUUGGUCUCCAUCUUCCUGCUAUACUAUCUCUACCUCGAUUCGGUCCCACUCCCAAGUCAAACCUCGCGCGACUACCGCGUCGAUGAAGAUGAGGUGAAGGUCGUAGGGCCUGCGAUCUUUGUCUUGGCAGUCCCAGACCAGCCGGCGACCUCCUCAGCGACGGAUGGGGCCAAGGUGGGGCGGCGCGUUUGGGACCCCGACCAGCGGGUGGCCUGGCUGGUGCCCUUCCUGUCGGCGCCGGCCAUGCCCUUCUACGCCGGCCUGUGCCUACGCACCUUCGCCGCCUCGUCGCCCUUCGUCCACGUCUUCAUCUUCUAUGAAAACGCCACCAUGAUUCUCCCCGAAGUGCAGGCGGACAACAUCCACUACGUGAGCCUCAAAGAGGGCGAGGUGGUAGAUCGAUUGAUAAAGGUCCUCCAGGAGGGCCUCGGGGAGAGCGCAGUGGACGCGGAGGGUGUGCGGCGCCAUUUACGCGCCGAGCCGCGCAAGAUUGGCGGCUACAAGCCUCUGCUCAGAGCCGCGUUUCACGACCUCAUCGAGACGUGGAACUUCUCGCACUGGGCGUGGGGCGACAUCGACGUGUUGGCCGGCGACAUCGUGGGGCUGGUGAGCGCCCGGGACCUGCGUGAGUUCGACGCCCUCUCCUUCAACACCGGCCCUCUCUAUUUGCAGGGACAGAUCACCAUCCUCGCCAAUCGGCCGGAGAUCAACAGCGCAUGGCGGCACGUGGCGUCGGCGAGAUCGCUGGCUGGGGAACACCCGCUGUUCGCGUGGGAGGAGACCCAGUUCUCCACGUGGGCGCUUUAUUCCAGCAGCCUGCGCAUCAAACUGAUGCCCCUGCAGUAUGCGGGGCAGCAAGGAAGGCAGUGGAAAGCGGGCGACGGCCACGCGUUGAUCUGGGAUAACGGUCGGCUGCUCCUGCACUCGGCUUCGAUCGAAACGAAGCCUGUGCCUUCGGGGCGGAUUGACGAGCCGCUGGUACCGCGAGGCACCUGGGACGCACCGCAGAAGCCAGGCUCGUGGGUUGUGGAAAAAUUAGGUUCGUUGGCGAAGACUGCGUGGUACGGGUCGCGCCAAGAAGCCCGCGGCUACGAUCUGCGGACACGGGAAUUCAUCAUGUUCCACUUCAACUACGAACACGAAGACAAGGUCGAGCACGCGCUGGAGAAGAAGAGCAGCGAGGAGAUGCGCGCCCUGUUGAAAGCGUCGAGGCUGGUAUGGAACUACUCUCCCUUCGACUUCAACCCUGCGCCACCAUGUGGGCAUCUCGUGCAGGGUUCAUCUAUGGAAGCUGGCUUGUGUGCGGGGGAGGUGAGUGCGGGGCUGUCCGACAGUAUCCUCCCGAGCGAAUGUUGGGUCCACAUCUUCAGCUUUCUUCGCGGUUCCGAACUCGCAAGGGUGGCGGAGGUGUGCAAGGAGUGGCACCUGCUGUCGGCGCUGCCCUCCCUGUGGCGCGACCUGUGCGUGCGCUCUCUCUAUCCAUUCCUCUCGCCCGACCCGGCCGUCUAUCGCUCCCUUCACCCACCCGGCCCGGUGUCCACCACCGCCACCACCUCAUCGAACUCCACUACCGCCACCGCCACCGCCACCACCACGUCGUCUUCAUCGUCGUCAUCGUCGUCAUCAUCGUCUUCAUCUCCACCGUCGGCGGCGGAGACGGAGCAGCGGCAUCACGUGGAGGUUUUUCAGGAGCUGCUGGGCCAGCUGUCGUUGAAGGAGAGGCGCAGUAUUCUGCCGGAGGAGGCGUGGGACUACGACGGGUCGGUCGAGUCUCUGCGGCGCCUGCUGACGUCGACGCCGCCCUUCAAUGAAUUCACGAUGGCAGCCGACCGCGCGGAGCACACACCCUGGAAGACACUCUACAUUCAGCGGACAACCGGUGCAGGCAAGCGAGCCGUCGACCAGCUGUACAGGUGGCUCUUCCACGUGCUCCACUACCACAUCGAGCUCAGAGGCCGAUCGGACGAGGAUGAGAGCGGCACUGCAGUGGCCACCGCCACCGGCGCUACUGUCGGAACCGAUCUCGGAGGCCAGGACGGCAAUAACGACGAUGACGACAACGACCAUGAUGGUGCCGCUGGCCAUGACCUGCGGCUCGGCGAUCAGGAGGAGGAACCAGAGACAACCGACGCGCCACAGCUGUCGAUGGUGGGCGAAGAGGAGCACCAGGCGGGGUCCGAGUCCUCGAACGAGACGUCGCCCGGCGGUGGUGAAGCUGUCCAGGGCGCUGAGGAAGAGGAGGGAGGAGGAGGAGAAGAGGUGCAAGAAGGGGGAGAGGAGGAUGAAGUGGACAUGCAGACUUGGCGAGCUACCGACCUUCUUGGCCACGUUCCCCCAGAAACAAGUCUGCUGGACAUGAUCACGGUGAAGCUGCCUCGCAACGACCUCACCGCGUACCCCCGGGCCCUCAUGCACUGCCGCGUGGUCAGCCUCUCGCUCUCGAUCAAUCGGCUGACUUCGUUCCCGCUGUUCGAGCUGCCCAUGACAGCCACGUCGCUCCGCAUGUGCCACAACCUGCUCACCCGAACGAGCUUUCCCGCGGUGGAGCUCGGCGUCGUCGGCCGGUUCUUGGAGCAGGUGGACCCGCUCGACGACGAGCUCCAGCGGGAGACGCACAAUGAAGCCCUGGUCCGGGCCAGGUCCCUGCCACGCAACACUUUCCCGAUCGGAGGCCAGCGGAGAGCGUAUCCGCAUCUGCUGGACUCGCUUCAUCUCAAGGACAACCAAAUCGAGGACUGCCUUCCUCCCGCGCUGCUCCUUAAUCGGCUCACCUCUUUCCCGCUGAUCUCGGAUGACGAUGCCGCCGGCGCUGCGCCGCCAUCAGAUGGCGAGGAACAGUCCAACGAGCCCACAUCGGGGGAGGAGGAGGUGCCGGACCACGUGAAGGGGCUCACCACGACUGUCGACCCCGAGGACAACGAGCUUGCUGCUCUGGGCCUGAACAGGCCCACUCGAAGGCUCUACCGCCAUUGGACACGCACAAUGACGUACUUGUGGAUGAACGAGAAUUCGCUAACAGCCCUCCCUCCGCCCGUGCUGCUCUUCACCAACCUGAUCGAGUUGGACCUGAAGCACAAUCGGCUCACCUCGCUCCCUCCCGCCAUCUCUCGGCUCCAGAACCUGGUGUGGCUGAAUCUCGACGAGAACAAGCUGGAGAGCCUGCCCGAUGAACUGGGCCAGCUGACCAACCUCACCAGCCUGUUCCUGUCCUACAACCGGCUCACCUCGCUGCCGGACACCAUGUCCCGCCUCACCGCGCUGACUGGAGUUGGGUUGAACGCCAACCAACUCCGAAGCCUUCCCGACACUUGGUUCGCCAACGCGCGCAACCUGCGCGAGCUCUACUUCUGGCGCAACCCGAUGCUCGGCAGCCUGGCGCCAAACGUGGACGCGGGCAUGGCGGGGCUGACCGCGUUGUCGAAGCUCAACGUCCACUCGUGCGGCCUGGGCACGCUGCCGCACAGCCUGACCCUGCUGACGGACCUCACCUACCUCGAGCUGGGCGGCAACAAACUGGCGGAGGUCGAUCCCAACCUGUUCGUGCAGCUCACCAACCUCAACUCGCUUUGGCUCUACACCAAUUCGCUCAAGGUGUUGCCACCGGAAAUCGAGCACCUGCAGAGUCUGACGGAGCUGCACAUGUCCGUCAACCAACUUCGGGAGUUGCCCAAAGAGCUCGGAAAGUUGACCAAUCUCACCCACCUCGACUUGAGCCGCAACUCCCUGCAGUCCCUGCCCGAGGAGUUGGGCGAGUUGACGAACCUGCGCCAGAUCCUCCUCCACCGCAACCGGCUCAAGCAGUUCCCGCUCUUCGUGACCAAGUUGGUCUCGCUGGAGCGGCUCGAUCUGGACACGAACGCGAUCACGCACCUGCCCGAGAGCCUGUCGCAGCUGACCAACCUGGUGCUGCUCGAUCUGAACCGCAACCGCAUCACCGAGGCCGCGGCCCUGCGCCCAGCCUGCGCGCUCACCAGUCUCCAGGCCCUCUUCGUCGGCAUGAACGGGCUCACGGCCCUGCCCGACGAGAUCGGCCGCCUCACGCAGCUCGAGAGCCUCAACCUCAUCGAGAACCGACUCACCGCCCUCCCGCCCGCGCUCGGCCAGCUCACCGCGCUCAAGUACGUCUACGCCUGCUACAACCGGCUGACGUCGGUGCCCGACGAGCUGGGCGGCCUCACGAACCUGCAGAGCCUCGACCUCUCGCACAACGAGCUGCGCGCGGUGUUCGACGUGCGCCGCCUGGCGCGGCUCGAGGUGUUCUCGGUCUACAAGAACUGCCUGUCGCGCGUGCCGCCCGGCCUGGGCCAGCUGACCAGCCUCAAGCGCCUGUGGCUCGGCAUCAACGCCUUCCACACCGAGCCGCCACCGCCCAUGUCGGAACUGAGCACCGUGGCGGCGGCGACGACGACGGAGAGCAUCGACGAGGUGGCGGAGCUGCGGUCGCUGCGGGUGCUCAACAUGCGUGGCAACGACAUUCACUCGGUGCCGGAGGCGCUGAGCCGGCUGACCAACCUCGAUGUGCUGUCGCUGUGGCGCAACAAGCUGACCGGACCCAGGGCGAUCCCGUCCAGUGUUUGGCAGUCGCUCACGGGCUUGAGGCACCUCCACCUGGGCGAGAAUAACCUGCAAGAGGAGCUGCCGGAGGAGAUUGGGGCGCUCACCAACCUGCGCGCGCUCCACCUGGAGAAGAACGGCAUCUCGUCGCUGCCGGCGUCGCUGUCUCGGCUGACCAGGCUCGGCCAUCUCAACAUCUCGGCCAACCGCUUCGAGGGUGCGCUGCCGCCCAUCGUCCUGGCCAUCACCAGCCUCACCACCCUCGACAUCGCCUGCAACCGCUUCACCCGCCUCUGCGACGAUGACCAGGCCUUCGGGCGGCUGACGAAGCUGCGGGUGCUCAACGCCGGCAACAACCGACUCGAGGCCCUGCCCGACGAGCUGUGGCGGCUGCCCCGCGUGCGCUGCGUGCAGAUCAAGGGCAACGCGCCGCUCCUGGCCUGGAUCCAGGCCCGCGAACAACAUCAGACGAUCGACCGCACCGACGGCCAGACGCCUGCGACGGCCGACGAGCAGAGCAAGGGCCAGGCCGAUGAGAACGCCGCGGUGGCCGACGAAGACAACGAGCUGCGGGCUGUCACCGACACGGCUCGCGUGGAAGAGGCGUCGCUCACGACUGAAGAAGAGGAGAGCGCGGAGGUGGAGGUGAUGCAGGGCUGGAUGCGAAAGAAGAAGAUGUGGAAGAAGGACUGGUGGGCCAUCGCCAAGAAGAACCUCUGCAAGUCGGUCCAGCUUCCGCAAGCUUGA